GCCGCGCACGCGCGUAGAGCCUGCGCCGCGUGCUCCCUCCUCCUCCCACCCCGCACGCCGGCGGCCGGUGGCGCGGGGCCGCCGCCGCCAUCAUCAUGUCGGCCGAGCAGGUGAGCGGGCUGUGCGAGCAGCUGGUGAAGGCCGUGACGGUGAUCAUGGACCCGGCCUCCACGCAGCGCUACCGCCUGGAGGCGCUCAAGUUCUGCGAGGAGUUCAAGGAGAAGUGUCCCAUCUGCGUGCCCUGCGGGCUGAAGCUGGCCGAGAAGACGCAGACGGCCAUCGUCCGGCACUUCGGCCUGCAGAUCCUGGAGCAUGUGGUCAAGUUCCGCUGGAACAAUAUGCCUCGCCUGGAAAAGGUUUAUCUAAAGAACAAUGUCAUGGGUCUCAUAUCCAAUGGAACUCAAAGUAUUCUAGAGGAGGAAAGUCACAUUAAGGAUGUUCUGUCUCGCAUCGUGGUGGAGAUGAUCAAGCGUGAAUGGCCUCAGCACUGGCCUGAUAUGCUAAAGGAGCUGGAUACCCUCUCCAAGCAAGGGGAAACUCAGACAGAACUGGUGAUGUUCAUCCUCCUACGUUUGGCAGAGGACGUGGUGACUUUCCAAACGCUGCCUACCCAGCGGCGACGAGAUAUCCAGCAAACCCUCACCCAGAACAUGGAGAAGAUCUUCAGCUUCCUGCUGACUGCCCUGCAGCAGAAUGUCAACAAGUACAGGCGCAUGGUUGGAGCACCCCAGGAACAAGAAGCCCUCACCACUCCACAGAAGACCGAUCUGGCUCAGGAACCAAAGGCCCAGGCAAACUGCCGCGUGGGGAUAGCGGCACUCAACACGCUGGCUGGCUACAUUGAUUGGGUGGCCCUGAGCCACAUCACGGCAGACAACUGCAAGCUCUUGGAGAUGUUGUGUCUGCUCCUAAAUGAGCCUGAGCUCCAAAUAGGAGCAGCAGAGUGUCUCCUAAUUGCUGUCAGCAGGAAAGGGAAGCUGGAGGAUCGGAAACCUCUGAUGGUCUUGUUUGGAGAUGUUGCCAUGCACUACAUUCUCUCUGCUGCCCAAACAGCAGAUGGAGAAGGCCUGGUGGAGAAGCACUAUGUUUUCUUGAAGAGACUUUGCCAAGUUUUGUGCGCGUUGGGCAGCCAGCUGUGUGCGUUGCUAGGCUCAGAUUCUGAUGUGGAAACACCCGCCAACUUUGGAAAAUACCUUGACUCAUUUUUAGCCUUCACAACCCACCCCAGCCAGUUUCUGCGAUCCUCCACUCAGAUCACGUGGGGAGCCCUUUUUCGGCACGAGGUUCUGUCUCGCGACCCCUUGUUGCUGGCGAUGAUCCCCAAGUACCUUCGUGCGUCUAUGACCAACCUGGUGAAGGUGGGCUUUCCCUCUAAAGCAGACAGCCCCAGUUGUGAAUACUCUCGCUUCGAUUUUGACAGCGAUGAGGACUUCAAUGCCUUCUUCAACUCUUUCCGAGCCCAGCAAGGGGAGGUGAUGAGGAUGGCUUGUCGUCUGGACCCUCGAACUGGCUUCCAAAUGGCUGGUGAAUGGCUGAAGUACCAGCUCACAGCUCCUGUUGAUACUGGACCCAUGAACUCUAAGACAGGUGAAGGUCUCUGCUCCAUCUUCUCCCCAUCCUUUGUGCAGUGGGAUGCCAUGACCUUCUUCUCAGAGAGCGUCAUCAGCCAGAUGUUUCGAACCCUGGAUAAAGACGAAAUCCCGGUGAAUGACGGCAUAGAUCUCCUGCAGCUUGUCCUUAAUUUUGAAACAAAGGAUCCUCUCAUCCUGUCCUGUGUGCUCACCAAUGUCUCUGCUCUCUUCCCAUUUGUCACUUACCGACCAGAAUACCUACCACAAGUACUUUCCAAGCUGUUUGCUUCAGUUACCUUUGAAGUUGUAGAAGAAAGUAAGGCUCCUAGAACUCGAGCAGUGAAAAAUGUGAGAAGGCAUGCAUGCUCCUCAAUCAUAAAGAUGUGUCGGGAUUACCCUCAUCUUGUCCUGCCAAACUUUGAGAUGUUGUACAACCACGUAAAGCAGCUGCUCUCCAACGAGCUACUCCUGACCCAGAUGGAGAAGUGUGCACUUAUGGAGGCCCUCGUCCUCAUCAGCAACCAGUUCAAGGACUACGAGCGGCAGAAGGCUUUCCUGGAGGAGCUCAUGGCCCCCGUUGCUGGCUUGUGGCUCUCCGCAGAGAUGCAGAGAGUCCUCUCAGAUCCUGAAGCCUUUAUCUCCUACGUGGGCGCAGAUAACAAAAUUGCUGAUCCAGUCUUGGAAGAUCCUAGUGGCCUGAACCGCUCUAGAAUAAGCUUUUGUGUGUACACCAUUCUGGGAGUUGUGAAGCGAGCUCGUUGGCCUGCCGCCAUGGAAGAGGCGAAAGCUGGAGGAUUCCUGGUUGGGUUCAUGCCCAGUGGAGCUCCAAUCUACCGCAACCCCUGCACUGAGCAGGUCCUGAAGCUUUUUGACAACUUGCUUGCUCUCAUAAGGACUCACAACAAUCUCUACAUGCCAGAGAUGGUGGCUAAGCUGGGGGAAACAUUUGCAAAGGCUCUAGACAUGCUGGAGGUGGAGAAGAAUGCCAUCCUAGGUCUCCCUCAGCCUCUGCUGGAGCUUUAUGACUCUCCUGUUUACAAAACAGUCUUAGAAAGGAUGCAGGGUUUCUUUUGUACCCUCUACGACAACUGUUUCCACAUCCUGGGCAAUGCAGGCCCUUCCAUGCAGCAGGAUUUCUACACCGUUGAGGGUCUUGCCACCCAACUCCUCAGCUCAGCUUUCAUCAAUCUCAACAACAUUCCUGAUUACAGGCUGCGUCCCAUGCUCCGUGUGUUUGUGAAGCCCUUGGUACUCUCCUGCCCUCCGGAAUACUAUGAAACCCUUGUCUGCCCCAUGCUGGGACCACUCUUCACCUAUCUGCACAUGAGGUUGUCUCAGAAAUGGCAAGUGAUCAACCAGCGAAGCAUGCUCUGCGAGGACGAUGCUGCAGAUGACAACCCAGAGUCUCAGGAGAUGCUUGAGGAGCAGUUGGUCAGGCUGCUGACCCGAGAAGUCAUGGAUCUCAUCACCGUUUGCUGUGUUUCUAAGAAAGGCGCUGAGCAUAACUCUGCUGUUGCUGCAGAGGGAGAUGACGAUGAAGCAAUGGCCACAGAGGUGGCUCCUCCUGCCAGCGCAGAGCUCACCGAGCUUGGAAAGUGUCUGACGCAGCAGGAGGAUGUUUGCACUGCUCUGCUGGUCACUGCCUAUACGUCCCUCUCCUGGAAAGACACCUUGUCCUGCCAAAGAACCACAACCCAGCUUUGCUGGCCGCUGCUCAAACAGGUGCUUUCAGGGAACCUGCUGCCCGACGCCGUGUCCUGGUUUUUCACCGGCGUGCUGAAGGGCCUGCAGACGCACGGGCAGCACGACGGCUGCAUGGCCGCUCUCGUCCACCUGGCGUUCCAGAUCUACGAGGCCUUGCGCCCUCGCUAUGCUGAGCUGAAGGCCGUGAUGGAGCAGAUCCCGGACAUCCAGAAGGACUCCUUGGAGCAGUUUGAUUCAAAGCUGCUGAACCCAGCGCUGCAGAAGGUGGCAGACAAGCGCCGGAAGGAUCAUUUCAAGCGCCUCAUCACGGGUUGCAUUGGGAAGCCCCUUGGGGAGCAGUUCCGCAAGGACGUUCAUAUCCGGAACCUGCCGUCUCUCUUCAAAAAGGUGAAGCCAUCACUGGAGACAGAUGUGCUAGAAAACGAGGAUGGAGAAGGUCUUAAUACACUCUUUGAGCCCUGAGCCUGGGAUGCUGCAACUCUCUCCUCUCCUACCUUAUGUUUUGUCUCUUCUCAUAGUAAGCACAUUAGAUUCUCCUCGUCAUCGCCUCCAUCAGCGUUCGUCUGAAUAAAGCCCUUACAGGUCCCGUCCCGUUCUCCUCCCGACGCUGGGAUGGGGCCUGCAGUGGCAUCUG